AGCCAACUAUGAGGAUCGGCUGUAUAGCGGCAUGUGUGCUGAGCCUUGUCGAUUGACACCUGCGAAAACACCUGGAAAUACGAAUUUAUUUCUCUAGCUGCAUCACAAAGAAGUCAAGAUCCUCUGAAAUUUGACAUUGUUUUGUAUACAUUUGCGCCACAUCUUUAUCUCUAGUCAGUUUGUACAUCGCUUGUCGUACAUUUAUUGUUACUACGUGGGGGGAGGGCGCAGUUGCUCGUGCCGGUGUAGUACAAAAGUCGUGGUCCACAUUACUUUCUACAUCACACUGCCACAUCGCUGACUCUACUUGUGAUUUCAAAGGUUCAAGUCCACAGCAUUACGCGUUGUUUUCUUCCUUGGCGGUCACCAACGAAUGACGUCUUUAACCAAAUUCCUGGUUUCAGUUGAUAUCGUUUCAACGCGUGUUAUUGGCUAAUCGUAGAGGGUCUGUUUAUAUAUUUUGUGGCAACAUGUAGUACUAUACAACCGACCUAUACGUGAUUGUAAGAUCGGAGAAAAACACAUUGCCUUUGACUUUCAAGCGGUUCAAGUCUAUUAAAUCAGGCUGCGCAAUUAAUCAGAUGGACAACGACGUCAAUUGGUCCCUCACGUUUUCGUUGGUCGUCGCCUCGUUGGUUUUGUUUCUUCUUUACAGGUACUUGACGUCAACUUUCACGCAUUUCUCUGAACGCGGAAUUCCCGGCCCGAAACCCGUCCCGAUAUUCGGGAAUUUGUGGGGCAUUUGGCGGGUGAACUUACCUCAGCACGACCGCGAUUUGGUGAGAAAAUACGGCAAGAUUUUCGGCUACUUUGAUGGCUCCAACGCCAGUCUGUGGGUCACCGAUCCUGAAAUCAUCAAGGCUGUUUUCGUCAAAGAUUUCGACCACUUUACCAAUCGCCGGAACAUGACGUUCGAAAGCAAAAUCGUUCGUCGGAUGGUAAGCAGCGCCCGCGGCCAGGAAUGGAAGGAUAUCCGCUCAUCCAUCACCCCGGCUUUCACUUCGGGGAAAAUCAAGCGAAUGUCCACCUUGAUCAAAGCGUGCGCUGACCAACUGGCCGUCAAAUUUGAUCGCAUCGCCACCACCGAAGGCAAAUUGAACGCUAAAAUACAGUUUAGCGCUUUCACGAUGGACGUGAUUGCCCGAUGUGCGUUCGGCAUCAAGAUUGAGAACUUGGGUGAAAAGGACGACCAGUUCAUGACCAAAGCGAAAGCCAUUUUCAAUGCACCCGUCAACAAGACACCGCUGGCCGUUAUUCCACUUAUUUACCCAAAAUUGAUUCCAAUAUUGGGUGAACGUCUCUUCCUUACCGAAGGCUUCCAGUUUUUCAUUCAAUUAUUAGAGAACUUGAUCAAGGAUCGAACUGCAUCCAAGCAGAAAUACGAGGAUUUCGUGCAGGUCGCGACAGAGGCCAUUACCGAAUACACGAAGGAGGUCGAAGGCAAGUCUGUGCCUAAAUGGAAUGUGGAAGAAAUCGAGGAGAUUGUUAUCGCCCAGUCGGUUCUCUUCCUGUUGGCCGGAUUCGAUACGACGGCCACGACGUUGACCAACAUCGUCUUCCUUUUGGCCUUAAACCCGGAAGUCCAAAGCCGAUUGUACGACGAAAUAGCGAAGAAGAUGGAGUUUUACGCAGAGGUGAAGCACGAAAUGCUUAUCGAUUUGCCUUACGUCGACCAAGUCAUCAACGAAGUGCUGAGAAUGUAUCCACCAGUACCGAGAGUAGAAAGAGAAUGCAACAAGGACGUGAUUUACAAUGGCAUUCAAAUCAAGAAAGGCACCAUCGUCACCGUUUCAUCAUUUGCUCUCCACUACGACCCGGACAAUUAUCCGGAGCCGGAGAAAUUCAAUCCCGAUAGGUGGAACGCUGAUAACAAAGCUGAACGUAAUCCUUACACUUUCCUGCCGUUCGGGAUGGGCCCUCGCAACUGCGUCGGGAUGCGCUUUGCCAUGGAAGAGAUUAAAAUAGCCUUGUGCACGAUGAUACAGCAGUUCCACUUCUUUCCAGUCGCUGAAACACCGGAGACGAUGCAAUUCGAGAAAGGGUUUAUGCAAGUGACACAGCCGGUGAAUGCUAUUGUUGGAAUCGAGCGUCGCACUGCUCAGUGAAUCUGCAUAAUCUUGUGAUAUUCGCCAUGUAUCGAUAAAGAUCUAUUGCCUUGCAAAGGCCCGCCCAAUCUUUCCAUGUGUCCAUCGGGUAUAUAAUAACUCUCUCGUGUUGAUUAACGUGGCAUAUAUACACUUCAUCAGCAUAAUA